AUGACCUGUCGCCCCAGCAAGUGGAGCUCGGUUUUUGGGACAGUUCUCACCUUGUCGGUUGUAAUUUGGAGAUCUGAUGUCAUGGUGUUAACUCCAUGGCUGGCCCCAAUCAUUUGGAAUGGUACCUACAACAUUAACAUUCUGAAUGAGCUGUUCCACCUGAGAAGGGUUCGAAUUGGACUUACAGUGUUUGUUAUACGAAAAUACAAAAUUUUUAUCAAGACCCUUCUUCAAACCGCGGAAAGGUUUUUCAUGGCAGGACACAAGGUCCAUUAUUACGUCUUCACUGAUGAUGUCAAAGCCAUCCCUAAUAUCACCCUGAAAGAAGGAAGGCAUUUGGUCAUUCUAAAUAUCUCCGGCUACAGGCGCUGGCAGGACAUCACCAUGAGGCGGAUGCAGCUGAUCCGGGACUAUAUUUCUCAAAAACUCAUCGAUGAGGUUGACUACCUUGUGUGUUUAGAUGCUGACCUAAAGUUUAGGGAUGACGUCGGUGUGGAGAUAUUAAGUGAUGUGUUUGGCGUUAUACAUCCUGGAUUCUUCUCGAAGUCACGUGACUCUUUCACCAAUGAGCGUAGGAACUAUUCUGCCGGCUACAUUCCUAAAGACGAGGGAGAUUUUUACUACACUGGGUGUUUUUUUGGAGGGACGGUGGAAGAGGUCUACAAGUUGACCGAUUUCUGCCACAAUGCCAUGAUGGAAGACAAAGCAAAAAAUAUUGAGGCUUUAUGGCACGAUGAAAGCUAUUUGAACAAAUAUUUCCUUUAUCACAAGCCGACCAAACUGCUCUCCCCUGAGUACGCAUGGAAUGACUAUUAUGGCUCCCCUGUUGUCGUAAAACGAAAGAGAUUGGUUCAUGUUCCAAAAGAUUAUAAGAAGGUCCGGGACUGACCCGCAAUGGGAACCAAAAUAAGGGGACUAAAUGUUAACAUCCUAUCAUCAUUUACUGCUAACAUUUGGGAGCAUUUUAUAUAAAAUAUAUACCCCAAGACAGAAUUACAGGGAAAGCUGAACUGUUCAUCAACUUUGAUUGAUUAAAGUAGACUAUAGUACAUACAAUUUUCUGGUAUUGUCUAUAUUGAGUAUGAGUAACCACAGGUCUGUUCUUGAAGAAUUUCACAUAGUACAGGGUAUCUCUCUCUACAGGCUAUGAGCCAACUUAGGGGGCUGUUUCUGCUGAAUUGUGCUUAGUACAGGGGAAUCCCUAUGCUGCCAUAGUGUUAUGGUAUC